CGCUUCCUCAGUCGCGCAUGCGCGCUCGCCUGGCGCCAAUUUCGGGUCAUUGACUGAGCGGGGCGGGGGGGGAAGCGUCAGUGCUCCUAGAAGAGGAGGCGGCGGCUUUUUUCCUCCCCCGCGCUCGCCUGGCAGGCCCCUCCCCAGCCGCAGCGCUGCGUCCCGCCUGGAAACAACAGAGCCGUCAUGGUCGGGCAGAAGACGCUGCGCUCUUCUUUUACGGCCCUGCCCGACAAGAAGCGGAGCCCCUCGCCGGCCCUGGGCGGGAACACUGAGGCUGGCUCCCGCAAGAGACCAAAGACCUCCCCACGACCUGCGUCGCUGGGCCCGGAGCAGCUUGAGCGGAUCCACAGGAGAAAAGAGGCAGCGCUGCAGAGACUCGCUGCUCGCACCAGCAGCCUCGUUGUCCCAGCCAAGCUUGGGCGGGGCUGGAGGGUCGCGCUGGCUGGAGAGUGCGCCAAGCCCUACUUUGCCCAGCUUAUGGCCUUUGUUGCUAAGGACCGCAAGCGUUACACAGUGUACCCACCCCCUCAUCAAGUCUUCACCUGGACCCAGAUGUGCGAUAUCCGUGAUGUAAAAGUGGUCAUCCUGGGCCAAGACCCAUAUCAUGGCCCCAAGCAGGCACAUGGACUCUGCUUCAGUGUCCAGAGACCGGUUCCGCCUCCACCCAGCCUGGAGAAUAUUUUCAAAGAACUUGCUGCAGACAUAGAAGGCUUUUCUCAUCCUGGCCAUGGGGACUUGACUGGAUGGGCCAAACAAGGAGUGCUCCUGCUCAACGCGGUCCUCACUGUCCGAGCACACCAAGCUGCUUCCCACAAGGAGAAGGGCUGGGAGCAGUUCACGGACGCGGUGGUGUCCUGGCUGAAUAGCCACUUGGACGGCCUGGUCUUCAUGCUCUGGGGCGCCUAUGCGCAGAAGAAGGGCAGCGCCAUCGACCGGAAACGCCACCACGUCCUGCAGACAGUCCAUCCAUCCCCGCUCUCUGUGUACCGAGGUUUCUUUGGCUGCAAGCAUUUCUCCCGAACAAACAAAUUACUGGCACAAUCUGGGAAGAAGCCCAUUGACUGGGGAGCCCUCUGAUGGAUUGGGGUGGCCCUGCGACUGCUGCAACGUAAGAAGAGUGUGUCUUUUCAGACAGUCAUCCGAGAGUACAGAUGCUUAUUCUUGAGAAUAAUUGUUUGGAUUCACGUUCAUUGAAUGGGCCAGUAAUCCAAUUACUGAACUGCUUUUCAGACCUCUUACUUUGGAGUUGUUUAAAAACACACAUGAAAAACUACAAAGACAUUCAUUCCCAGGCUUGAGGCUUGGAGGAAUUGGUGCCCUUUCACAUAUUUUUCUCCUUCCAGGGGCAUUUUGGGGGCAAAUAUGGAUUGAUUGGCUCAGAGGAAUAAUGGACUUUUGACCGUUUUUAACUCUCCAGCUAGUACCAAGAAGGAUAGUCUGGUUUGUUUUCUGCUAAAAUAAUACAGAUUUUUUUUUUUGCACUUCCUGUUUUGUUACUUUGCCUUUAAAGAGAAGAAAAUGGAAGCAUCUUUUCAAUCCGAACAACAAAGAAGCUACUUUUCACUUUGGCCCUUGCUCAGGAAGUAUUUCCUAGGUUAUGACAUCCAUGCUGAUGUCACCUUUAAAUUUUAAAGCCUGUUCUUUUAUCAGUUUUAGUUUAAAAGCUUCAUUCGUUGCUGUGCUCUAUGAAGCUCAGCUCUUACAUUCAAAUGUUUUCUGAGAUGUGAAAAGAACUGGAUCAACUGUGGCGUUGCCAAAGGAUUCCACAUGAAAUUUGGAUGUCCCAAAGUGUUACUGGCCGUGGUACUUGGAAGCUUCUCGAGUGUUCGCGACUUCAUCUGAAAUCAUAAGACGAGCUGGUGGGUUGAUUGGGACAGAAAACCAAAUUUCACUUAGGUGUUUGUUUUUUAAAAAAAUAACCACCAUUAUAAUUAGCCUGAUGCCUGUUGGAGCACAUGCUGUUUGCUGUGCCAGCCUUUCCUCAGCACUGGUUGCUGGGGCCAAGGUCCUUCCAGCGCUGGUUGCAUUUUCUCCAAGUGGUCACUUGCUAGACUUCUGUUCAUUAGAAGAAAGGUGGUUUUCCUGAUGGCUUUUAUGUAUGCAGAUUGUAUAAAAAGAUAAUCUAAACUGGUAUAUUUUAAAUACUAAGCCUUUUUAACUCUAUCUGUAACACUAGUAUCUUUUUUAAAACAUUGUUUUGGUGUUUA